GUUGAAGACUGUACUACUAAAACCUGUUGCUGUAAAUGCAGUAGAUGGCAAACUUGGAGAACUUGAUAUCGGUAUGGAAGAAGGCGGACGUAGUCACCUUCGACGUUGAUUCAACCGUGAUACAGGAAGAAGGAAUCGAUGAACUCGCAACAUUCUGUGGAAAAGGAAAGGAGGUUGCUGCUUUAACGAGACAAGCGAUGCAGGGACAUGCAACGUUCCGAGAAUCUUUGACGAAACGAUUAAAAAUCAUAAAUCCUUCUUUCAACCAAGUAAAGCAAUUCUUAUUAUCACAUCCACCUAAACUCUCACCUGGAGUAGGAACCCUGGUAACAGCCCUUCAAGCACGUAAAAAGCAAGUGUUUCUAAUAUCCGGUGGAUUUCAAUGUUUAAUCACACCAGUUGCAAUAGCACUUGAUAUUCCAUUAGAAAAUGUGUUUGCUAAUAGACUAAAAUUCUAUUUCACUGGAGAAUACGCUGGAUUUGAUGAAAAUCAACCGACUGUAGAUAAUGGUGGAAAAUCAAAAGUAAUCGAAUAUCUCAAAAAUGAAAGAGGAUUCAAAUCUGUUAUUCACAUAGGAGAUGGAGCAACAGAUUUAGAAACCAUGUCAGUAACUGACCUGUUUAUAGGAUAUGGGGGAAAUGUAGUUAGAGAAAGUGUAAAAUUGAGGUCUUCAUGGUUUAUUACAGAUUUCAAUGAACUUCUGAAUGCCUUAUAAAUGUGUAUGGUACAAUAUUUUACAAUAAGAACUCAAUUUCUUCAUCGAUAAAAUCUAAAUUUUCAGGUCCGUUUCUAGCAUUGACCUUCAUCAAGUUAAACAUAAGAAACAGUAUAAAGAUCAAUUUUCUACACCUGUUUAUAUUACACAUACAUGUAGAACAACAACUAUGUUUGAGUCCUAUGCCUUGUUCCAUAGACUUGCUAGAUAGAAUACCUUAUGCGACACUAAUUAUAGACACUGAUUAUAGAAGGUGUCCUGCAAUCUAUUCAACAAACGUUCCCCAUGUAUUCAGCAAGUUAUUCUGAAUAAAAACUGUCAUUUACAUUGUAGGUGUAUCGAUUUAUCCAUUCAGAGUGAUCUGCUGAACACAGAGUAAACGUUUAUUGAAUAUUUUACAGUACAUCCUGUACAUUAUA